AUGCCCUCUUUCAGCUCACGGCCCAGGGACCUCAGCCUCUUCCAUAGCCGACGCCCUAGGACUAACCCAACCCCAGCAAGGGACCGUACAAAUUUACGAAACACCUUGAUGAAGGACAGCUACCAUCAAUUUAAGCCGACCAAGACUUCACGCUGGCUUGAUCGAUGCUCCAAGGCAGCGGCGGACGACCGCCUCCUUGUUGGACCAUUCACAAGAGAGGGCGACAAGUGGGUGUUAGCUACCUUGGCCACGCAUGAUGUUCACCGAGACUUUCGAUGGAGCCGUACGAAGAGUUUCUGGGAGCCCACGAACGCCACAUGUUGCACAAGCCCGUAUAUAAACCGCGGUGUUACGUUCCGGUUAGCGAGCUGCCCGUCGCAGUGUCCGCAGCAGACAAACGGCAAAUUAACAUGGCCCGCUGAGAUCGCUGCGAGGAGCCGAGAGAGCGGAAUGAGUACGCCGCCGCGCAGACGCUCUGUGCACAGGAACAAAUGCAAUGGAUGGAGCACGAGAACGCCCUGUCACCCCGGCACCAGCACGGCCACCGGUACGCCUGGUUCCGUGGCUAACCAUCUGUUCCGAACGCACAACCAGGGCGCACUGAUGGAGAUGAAGUUGCUUAGUGUACUUAAGGACCCAGCUGUACAGUUAAAAAGCUACUGA